AUGUUCCAAGUGUUCGAUCAUAACAUUAGCUCGGAAACAGAAAUUCUGGAAGCAGUUGCCCGUGAAAAGAAAUCAAAAACCACGGCACCAGCUGACAACCAUAGCAUCAUGAUCAAAGACAUGGAUUACGAUCUUGCGAACCUUUCAAUAUUCGUGAAUGGAACAGAAGCAACGGCAAGCUGUCUCGAGAAUGACCUUACACUGACGCUAGAUUGCCAGAAUAGACAAGUUGAUACGGCGGCAACAAUUUGGGCAGAAUGGACACAUCUGAAAGGAGAUCCGUCGCUCACCUUGGGAACACCAGGAGAUCAAGUUGUUAUCCAAAAUCGGAUACCUUGA